GAGAGCGCACAGCCGCCGAGCGAGCCGGAGCCGAAGCCCCGCGCCUCCGGCUCCUCUGUUUCUCUCCGCGCCAGAGCCGGGCGCGCCAGGUAGGGUGAGUCGGUGGUGCCUAGGCUACAGCCGACCUUAUGGUCCAGACCCGAGUCCCGGGGACCUGCGGGCCCUCGAGUUUCGGGGCGCCCGGGCCGGGACUGGCCGGGGCGUCCAGACGGCGCUCGCCGGGAGCUCCGGGAAGCGAGAAAGCAUCCCCGGGCGUCCCGCCUUUCUUCCCCAGAGGAAGCGCGCCCUGCAUCGCACUCCCUCACUCCUCCUGGUCUUCCUGCUCCUCGGUCUUUUGGACUGUCAUUCUGUCUGUGUCCCUAGUCUUUGUCUCAGCCUCUCGGCUUCCCUUGCUUCCCGCCGGCAUUCUGUGGCCCUGGCACCGGGUCUGUCCGCCUCCCGGGUUCUGUCCCCUUCUGCGCCUCUGACCUCCCGACCAGACCUCCCCUGUGGAGAGCUUGUGGUCUUGACCGGUUUUGGUGUCAGGCCCCAUCUCUGUCUCUGUCCCGUUCUGUGCUGGUUUCCAUCCCUGCCUCUCUCCUGUUUGCCUGGUUGAGCGGCUCCUUUCGGUGGGCCCCCUUGAUCUGGGCACCAACAGAACGAUUAGCCCUGAGGAGCUGAGGGGGCUAAGUGAGGCGCCCCAGUCCCUGUGGCCAGGAGCUGGGGCCCUUGAACUACUUUUUGUCUUUCUUCAGCCUCACUUUCCUUUUUGAUUCUGAGGAAAGAUAUACAUCCCUCUUUCCAAACCUGCAUGAUUGUGAGAGCCUGUGUGGGGUCGGUGUCUGGAAGAGCAACUGGGGCAAAAAUGAUGGGGGUGCAGAGUGGAAGAGGGAGGAAGGGUGUCUUUGAGGACCAGGGCCAGACUGGACAGGCCCUGAGGAUGGGGAUAUUGGAGAUGGUGUCUUUCUCUGCUUGGUACUCAGCUGAAGAGAAAACUGAGGCAUAAAGUCUCGAACAGCAUCCUAUGUAGAGCUAGGGACUCCAGAAGUCACCUGCAGCACCGCUUUGAGAUUCUGACCACACAAACGCUCUCCCUACUCACAUCUGCUUGCCCUGUUGACUUAGGACCUGUAGCGAAUUGGGCAUCCCUCCUAGAGGCCAUCCUCUGCACUUUGCUGUCUUACCCCCAAGUGCCUAACGUCUGUAGUCAUCCCUUCGUCAGGAGGCUCUGGGCAUGGCUUUUGAAGAAUCAGAGACUAGGACCAUUUGGUGCUUACUUAGGUUUCAGUCUCCCCAGGGGUUGGAGACUGUCCCUUAGAGAUUCUCUCCUCCCUCUUCCCUGAUAGGUCCUUAGCUAGCAAUGCUCCCUCUCUGGAAAUCAGGAUGGGGACUGAUCCCCAAUUUUGUUUGAUAUGGCCUCUGCUGCAAAGGCAUUGAUUUGGGGGUUCUGGGGAUUUUGUGCAGGAUCUCAGACACCCUUGAUUCACAGAGGGCUUAAUGUUGGCUGGGGUCUUUCAUCCACUGUCUGGCCCCCACUCCCUGCCUCCCUUCCCCUCUGCUGAGUUUAGGAUGGGCACAGGGCUUAUCUCCAUCCCCAGAUCAGGUCAGGGCUGAGAGACAGGCCCUGGAGGUGCUCCAUGAGCUGCUCAGUCUAGUUAAUGAUACUACUCUUUCCCUGGCUCCCGAAUCCCUGGGAAGGGACUGGGGGUGGGGGGCGGGAGGCAGAGUCAGAAGUGCAAUUGCUGUCAGUUUCCACUUCGCCCGGUCUGUCUUUCUAUCUCUCUGCAGGAGCUGGGCCCCUUCUCAUCUCUCUUCCUGCCUGUCCUUUCCUGGCCCUUGCUUCCCCCACUCUUUGCCUUUGCUGCUUCUACACUCAUCCCGUGGAGGUCCAGGUCUGCUGGACACAUCCGUCCCCUUCUGGGCCAUGGGAUCGUUGCUGGGGCUCCUGGCGCUGCUGCUGUGGGGCACUGUGGCUGAGGGCCCAGCCAAGAAGGCGCUGACACUGGAGGGGGACCUGGUGCUGGGUGGGUUGUUCCCUGUGCACCAGAAGGGCGGCCCGGCGGAGGAGUGCGGUCCUGUCAACGAGCAUCGCGGCAUCCAGCGCCUGGAGGCCAUGCUUUUCGCUCUGGACCGCAUCAACCGCGACCCGCACCUGCUGCCUGGUGUGCGCCUGGGCGCACACAUCCUCGACAGCUGCUCCAAGGACACAUACGCCCUGGAGCAGGCGCUCGACUUCGUGCGGGCCUCCCUCAGCCGCGGCGGUGAUGGCUCACGCCACAUCUGCCCCGACGGCUCUUACGCCACCCAUGGCGAUGCUCCCACUGCUAUCACUGGUGUCAUUGGCGGCUCCUACAGCGACGUCUCCAUCCAGGUGGCCAACCUCCUCCGGCUAUUUCAGAUCCCACAGAUCAGCUACGCCUCCACCAGUGCCAAACUGAGUGACAAGUCACGCUAUGACUACUUUGCCCGCACCGUGCCCCCUGACUUCUUCCAAGCCAAGGCCAUGGCAGAGAUUCUCCGCUUCUUCAACUGGACCUAUGUGUCCACUGUAGCAUCUGAGGGGGACUACGGUGAGACAGGCAUAGAGGCCUUUGAGCUAGAGGCCCGUGCCCGAAACAUCUGCGUGGCCACCUCGGAAAAGGUAGGCCGUGCCAUGAGCCGGGCAGCUUUUGAGGGAGUGGUGCGAGCUCUGCUGCAGAAGCCCAGCGCCCGCGUGGCCGUCCUGUUCACCCGUUCUGAGGAUGCCCGUGAACUGCUCGCUGCCACUCAGCGCCUCAACGCCAGCUUCACCUGGGUGGCCAGUGAUGGCUGGGGAGCCCUAGAGAGCGUGGUGGCAGGCAGCGAGGGGGCUGCCGAGGGUGCCAUCACCAUCGAGCUGGCUUCCUACCCCAUCAACGACUUUGCCUCCUACUUCCAGAGCCUGGACCCCUGGAACAAUAGCCGGAACCCUUGGUUUCGUGAGUUCUGGGAGCAGAGGUUCCGCUGCAGCUUCCGACAGCGGGAUUGCGCAGCCCACUCGCUGCGGGCUGUGCCCUUUGAGCAGGAGUCCAAGAUCAUGUUCGUGGUCAACGCAGUGUAUGCCAUGGCCCAUGCACUGCACAACAUGCACCAUGCACUCUGCCCCAACACAACCCGCCUCUGUGAUGCCAUGCGGCCUGUCAACGGGCGCCGCCUCUACAAGGACUUCGUGCUUAAUGUCAAGUUUGACGCCCCUUUCCGCCCAACUGAUACCCACAGUGAGGUCCGCUUUGACCGCUUUGGCGACGGUAUUGGCCGCUACAACAUCUUCACCUACUUGCGGGCAGGCAAUGGGCGCUAUCGCUACCAGAAGGUGGGCUACUGGGCAGAAGGCCUGACCCUGGACACCAGCCUCAUCCCAUGGGCAUCACCCUCGGCCGGCCCCCUGCCCCCCUCUCGCUGCAGUGAGCCCUGCCUACAGAACGAGGUGAAGAGUGUGCAGCCAGGCGAGGUCUGCUGCUGGCUCUGCAUCCCUUGCCAGCCCUAUGAGUACCGGCUGGACGAGUUCACCUGCGCCGACUGUGGCCUGGGCUACUGGCCCAAUGCCAGCCUGACUGGCUGCUUCGAGCUGCCCGAGGAGUAUAUCCGCUGGGGCGACGCCUGGGCUGUGGGGCCCGUCACCAUCGCCUGCCUUGGCGCCCUGACCACCCUCUUUGUGCUGGGUGUCUUUGUGCGGCACAACGCCACACCAGUGGUCAAGGCCUCAGGCCGGGAGCUCUGCUACAUUCUGCUGGGCGGUGUCUUCCUCUGCUACUGCAUGACCUUUGUCUUCAUUGCCAAGCCGUCCACAGCAGUGUGCACCUUGCGGCGCCUUGGCUUGGGCACUGCCUUCUCUGUCUGCUACUCAGCUCUGCUCACCAAGACCAACCGCAUUGCACGCAUCUUUGGUGGGGCCCGGGAGGGUGCCCAGCGGCCACGCUUCAUCAGUCCCACCUCACAGGUGGCCAUCUGCUUGGCACUGAUCUCAGGCCAGCUGCUCAUUGUGGCUGCCUGGCUGGUGGUGGAGGCCCCAGGCACAGGGAAGGAGACAGCCCCUGAGCGGCGGGAGGUGGUGACCCUGCGCUGCAACCACCGCGAUGCAAGCAUGCUAGGCUCGCUGGCCUACAAUGUGUUCCUCAUUGCACUCUGCACUCUAUAUGCCUUCAAGACCCGCAAGUGCCCCGAGAACUUCAAUGAGGCCAAGUUCAUCGGUUUCACCAUGUACACCACCUGCAUCAUCUGGCUUGCCUUCCUGCCCAUCUUCUACGUCACCUCCAGUGACUACCGGGUACAGACCACCACCAUGUGUGUGUCGGUCAGCCUCAGCGGCUCUGUGGUACUUGGCUGCCUGUUUGCACCCAAGCUACACAUCAUCCUCUUCCAGCCGCAGAAAAACGUGGUUAGCCACCGUGCGCCCACCAGCCGCUUCAGCAGCGCCGCCGCCAGGACCGGAUCCAGCCUCAGCCAAGGGUGUGGCUCCCAGUUUGUCCCCACUGUUUGUAACGGCCGUGAGGUGGUGGACUCCACGACCUCGUCGCUCUGAGGAUCCCACACCCCUGCGCCGACAGCUUCCGCGUCCAGGGCCAGGAGGAAGUUGGCUGAAGCACUGCAAUAAUGCCUACCCCUCACCCAGUCACCAGAGUCAUGACCCACCUACCUGCCCCAACCUUCAGAGUCAGAAGUCAGGGUCCUCGUCCUGGGGCCUCUACCACGGCCACUGACCUCCCUUGCCGCUGUGUCCCCUCCUCACUGGCCCAGGGCUCAGAGGGAAGCAGCCAGGGUCCUCUCUGCCCUGGAGUGGGGUGUGGGGUGGGUGAGGGGGCGCUUUGGCUGAGGACUGCAGGCCCCAACCCCCAGUCAGCAAAGGUGCUUCCAGCCCUGCCCCUUCCCCCUUCUAGGGCCUUUUUUAUUUUUAUAUAAGUUAUUCUGGGAUUGGGGGAGAUUAGUGGGUGGCCCUUUCUUCUCCUGUACGGUAGUCAGUCCUGUGGUUUAUUUUGUAUUAUCUGUAAAUAAAGUGUCUUUAUUUUAAAAAAAUCACUC